UGUAAAAGUGUGCGUUUAAUUUAAUUAAUUUUUUGAAUCAAAUUUAUCUAAAAGUUAAUUGACUCUUAAUUUUUUUGUGUUAUCCUAAUUAGUAUGUUUAAGUUGCCUGUCUAAUUCCAUUUGUGUAUUUAAAAAAUUAAGAGAAAGAUUCAACAAUGGCUGAUGAAGCAGCUCGUAUUCAACAGUAUGAAUAUAAGGCGAACUCCAAUUUAGUUCUUCAGGCUGAUACUCGACUGAUCGAAAAAAGGCCUAGAGAUGAAGCCACCGGUGAGGUUGUCUCAUUGGCUGGUAAAAUUGGAUCAACCAAAAUGGGGGAUAAAUAUCAGCGAUCAAAGCCUUCAGCGAUCAAAGAAGAAGAAGAAAGAAAACGAAGGAAGAAGGCCAAGGCAGCAGCCUCAGACUUCACAUCUUCAAGCUUUGCCGGCUUAAGUGCACGAAGCAAUCUUUUGACUGAUGAUUAUGAAGAAAUGGGGAUAUUCUACACACCUAAGACACCGGAGACUAGACAAACCUACGAAGCUCUUUUGAAGUUUAUUCAUGAUAUUUUAGGUGAUCAGCCCAGAGAUGUUUUGUGUGGUGCUGCUGAUGAAGUAUUAGCCUCGUUGAAGAAUGAAAAGAUGACAGAAAAACAAAAACACAAAGAUAUUCAAAGUUUACUCGGCAGCCUCUCAUCCGAGCAAUUCAACAUUCUAUUCAACUUGAGUCGAAAGAUAACUGAUUAUAAACUUGAUGAUAAACCAGAUAUUCCUAUUGAUGAAAACAUGGACGAAACUUAUGGCGUUAAUGUUCAAUUUGAAGAAAAUGACGAUGACGAAGAGAGUGAUAUAAUGCGUGUCGUUGAUGAUGGCGAUGAUGGCGAUGGUGAAGGUGAAGAAACUGGAGAAGGAGCAACACUUCAAGCAACUUAUCUUGAAGCUUCUAGUGGUCGAAAAAGCUCGGCUCCUACCUCGAAACCUACUGAGGCUUUGCACCCUAGACAAAUAGAUGCUUACUGGCUUCAAAGAAAUCUCAACAAAACCUAUGGAGAUCCAGUCGAAGCUAAAAACAAAGCUGCCGAAGUCAUGGACAUUCUUAAGACUGCGUCUGAUGACCGUGAUGCUGAAAACAAAUUAGUUAUGCUUUUAGGUUUUAAGCAGUUUGAUUUCAUCAAACUUCUUCGCCAAAAUCGUCAAAUGAUUCUUUACUGUACUUUAUUGGCAUCUGCUCAAAGUGCUGAAGAGAAAAAUAAACUGCGCCAAAGAAUGAGCUCGGACCCUGAGUUGUUACCUUACCUCACUAUGUUGGAAAGUACCGAUGAAAAAAGUGAUUUAGGUGCAAAAGAGCGUGCUGCAAAACGUGCUGCUAAGGAAAAAGAAUCCGACAUGGAGCCAGAUGAAGAAAAUUUAGCGCAACUUUCUAAAGUUAAAAUGCUGGACUUGGAAGAUCUUGUUUUUGCUCAAGGGUCACAUUUCAUGGCUAACAAACGCUGUCAGCUACCAGAAGGUUCAUUUAGGCGAGCUCGAAAAGGUUAUGAAGAGAUUCAUGUCCCAGCUCUCAAACCUAAACCUUUUGACGAUAAUGAGAACUUGCUUCCGAUUGACCAAUUACCUGCCUAUGCACAACCUGCUUUUGAAGGUUUUAGAUCUUUAAAUCGUAUACAAUCUAGAAUCUAUCCAGCUGCCAUGGAAAGAGAUGAAAAUUUACUUAUCUGUGCUCCAACUGGUGCAGGUAAAACAAAUGUCGCUUUACUCUGUAUGAUGCGUGAAAUAGGCAAACAUAUUAAUGAGGAUGGAACAAUCAAUGUUGAUGAUUUUAAAUGUAUAUAUGUUGCUCCUAUGAGGUCUUUAGUACAAGAAAUGGUCAAAAAUUUUAGUCGUCGAUUGAGCUCUUAUGGAAUCAAAGUUGCUGAAUUGACUGGAGAUCACCAGCUUAGUCGUGAACAAAUUAAUGAAACACAAAUUAUUGUUUGUACUCCUGAGAAAUGGGAUAUUAUUACACGAAAAGGAGGAGAACGUAGUUAUACUCAAAUUGUUCGUCUUAUCAUUUUCGAUGAAGUUCAUUUAUUGCAUGAUGACCGUGGUCCCGUUAUUGAAACUUUGGUUGCUCGUAUGGUUAGAAAUCAAGAGACUGCUCAAGAUGAAAUCAGAAUCGUUGGUUUGAGUGCAACUCUUCCCAAUUAUGAAGAUGUCGCGGAGUUCUUAAGAGUCAACAGAAAAACGGGUCUUUACUAUUUCGACAAUAGUUUUCGACCUGUGCCCUUAGAACAACAGUUUAUUGGAAUUACUGAGAAGAAAGCUAUGAAAAGAUACCAACUUAUGAACGAAAUUUUGUAUGAAAAAGUGAUAGAACAAGCAGGAAAAAAUCAAGUUUUAAUAUUCGUCCAUUCUCGUAAAGAAACUGGUAAAACUGCUCGAACAUUGAGAGACAUGUGCUUAGAAAAGGAUACUCUUGGUAUGUUUCUUCGAGAAGGUUCAGCCUCCACUCAAGUGUUGAGGACUGAAGCUGAUCAUGUUAGGAAUCUCGAAUUGAAAGAUCUAUUACCAUAUGGUUUUGGUAUCCAUCACGCUGGAAUGUCCAGAGUUGAACGUACUCUGGUUGAAGAUUUAUUUGCUGACCGUCAUAUUCAAGUCCUGGUAUCAACAGCAACUCUUGCUUGGGGAGUAAACUUACCUGCUCACACUGUAAUUAUUAAAGGAACUCAAAUUUACAAUCCAGACAAGGGACGAUGGACUGAAUUAGGAGCAUUAGAUGUUCUUCAGAUGCUUGGAAGAGCUGGUCGACCACAGUUCGAUACUAAAGGAGAAGGUAUUUUGAUUACUCAACAUAGCGAACUUCAAUAUUAUCUGUCUUUAUUGAAUCAACAACUUCCCAUCGAAAGUCAAAUGGUGGCUAAAUUACCAGAUUUAUUAAAUGCCGAAAUUGUUCUUGGAAACAUCCAGAGUAUUAAAGAAGCCACAAAAUGGUUAGGUUAUUCUUAUCUAUAUAUUAGGAUGUUGAAAAAUCCAUCACUCUAUGGUGUUGGAGGUGAUGAAGUCAAUGAAGACCCAACCCUUCAGAAACAUUUGGCCAGUUUAGUAUUUACAGCUGCUUCUAUGCUGGACAAAAGUGGACUUGUUAAAUUUGAAAGAAAAAGUGGUUAUUUCCAAAGCACUGAACUUGGACGAAUUGCCAGUCAUUAUUACUGUACCCACCAAACCAUGUCAGUUUAUAAUCAAUUGUUGAAGCCAACUUUAAGUGAAAUUGAACUAUUUCGAGUUUUUUCAUUGUCCGGUGAAUUUAGAAACAUAACAAUCAGAGAAGAAGAAAAAUUGGAACUACAAAAGUUAAUGGAAAGAGUUCCUAUCCCUGUCAAAGAAAGUAUUGAGGAACCCAGUGCCAAAGUUAAUGUUUUACUUCAAGCAUACAUCUCUCAAUUGAAACUGGAAGGACUUGCAUUGAUGGCUGAUAUGGUUUACAUCACUCAAAGUGCAGCUCGAUUAAUGAGAGCUAUUCAUGAGAUUGUACUUCACCGAGGCUGGGCUCAACUAGCCGAUAAAGCUUUAUCUUUGUGUAAAAUGAUUGAUAAAAGAAUGUGGCUUUCCAUGUCUCCCUUAAGACAAUUCAAAAAGAUACCAGAAGAUGUGAUUAAAAAAUUGGAGAAAAAGAACUUUCCAUGGGAACGUUUUUAUGAUCUAGGACCAAAUGAAAUCGGAGAGCUUUUAAGGCUACCAAAGAUAGGUAAAACAGUGCAUCUUUACGUUCAUCGUUUUCCUAAAUUGGAUCUAACUGUUCAUAUUCAACCAAUUACUCGUGCAACUUUGAGAGUUGAACUAACAAUCACUCCUGAUUUCCACUGGGAUGCAAAAUAUCAUGGUAAAUCUGAAGGUUUCUGGAUUCUAGUUGAAGACGUCGAUCAAGAAAUUAUUUUACAUCAUGAAUUUUUCCUAUUGAAACAAAAGUAUGCUGAAGAUGAUCAUAUUGUUAAAUUUUUUGUUCCACUAACGGAUCCUUUACCACCUCAUUACUUCAUUCGAAUAGUUUCAGAUCGCUGGCUAAAUUCUGAAACAGUAUUUCCCAUCUCGUUCAGACACACUUUGCUUCCUGAAAAGUACUUACCACCAACCGCAUUACUCGAUCUUCAACCUUUGGAAAUAUCUGCUCUGAAAAAUCCUGUUUAUGAAACUUUGUAUAAAGACAAAUUUUUAUUCUUUAAUCCUGUACAGACACAAGUUUUCAACGCCUUGUAUACUACUGAUGACAAUGUUUUCAUUGGUGCACCAACUGGCUCUGGCAAAACAGUUUGUGCUGAGUUCGCUAUGCUUCGCUUAUUUUCCAAUAACUCAGAUGGACGUUGUGUUUAUGUAACAGCAAAGCAUGAACUUGCCGAAAUAAUUUUCUCAGACUGGUCUCAAAGAUUUGGUAAACUACUUGAUAAAAAAGUCGUAAUGCUUACUGGUGAAACUGCGGCUGAUCUCAAACUUUUAGCCAAAGGAAAUAUUAUCAUUAGUACUCCUGAACAUUGGGAUAUUCUUUCACGUCGUUGGAAACAGCGAAAAAAUGUACAAAAUGUAAAUUUAUUCAUCGUUGAUGAACUUCAUCUAGUUUCUGGUGAGGAAGGACCUGUUUUAGAGGUAGUUUGUUCUCGAACCAGGUACAUCUCUUCACAGAUUGAAAAAUCUAUACGUAUCGUAGCUCUUUCAUCAUCUCUAACAAAUGCUCGUGAUGUUGCACAGUGGCUUGGUUGUAAUUCCGGUAUGACAUUCAAUUUCCAUCCAAAUAUUAGACCAGUUCCACUUGAAUUACAUAUCCGAGGUUUUAAUCAAACCCAUAAUGCAACGCGAAUUAUGGCUAUGUCCAAACCUGUUUACCAAUCCAUAAACAAUUUCUCACCAAACAAACCCGUUAUAGUGUUUGUGCCUUCACGUAAGCAAACUCGUGUUACAGCGAUUGACAUUUUAAUGUACACGGCUGGUGAUGAAAAUCCUAACCGAUUCCUACACUGCUCUGAAGAAGAUUUGAAACCAUUUGUUCACAAAUUGUCAGAUUCAACAUUGAAAGAGACAAUUGUAAAUGGAGUUGCUUAUCUUCAUGAAGGCACUAGCAAAACUGAUCGCCGAAUUGUUGAACAGCUUUUCGAUCUGGGUGCUGUACAAAUUGUUGUCAUAUCAGCUGCGCUUGCAUUCAGUUUGACUAUCACUGCUCAUUUGGUGAUUAUUAUGGAUACUCAAGUGUACAAUGGAAAAAUUCAUGCUUAUGAAGAUUAUCCAAUAGUAACAAUCCUGCAAAUGAUUGGCAGAGCUAACCGUCCAUUGCGUGAUGAAGAUGGUAAAUGUGUGCUAUUUUGUCAAGCUGCAAAGAAAGAUUAUUUUAAGAAAUUCCUCUAUGAACCACUACCUGUUGAGAGUCAAUUAAACUAUUUCCUUCAUGAUCAUUUCAAUGCUGAAAUAGUAACCAAGACAAUUGAAAACAAACAAGAUGCUGUUGAUUAUUUGACUUGGACCUUUUUAUAUCGGAGAAUGACCCAAAACCCCAAUUAUUAUUCACUAACCGGGGUUAGCCAUCGAAUUCUCUCUGAUAGUUUGUCCGAACUUGUUGAAAAUACUCUCAACGAUUUGGAGCAAUCUAAAUGUAUCAGCAUAGAAGAUGAAAUUGAUGUCACACCUCUUAAUUUAGGAAUGAUUGCAGCCUAUUAUUAUAUCAAUUAUUCGACCAUUGAGCUAUUCAGUUUGUCUUUGCACAAUAAGACCAGACUCAAAAGUUUGAUUGAAAUUAUCAGCUCAGCAACUGAAUAUGAAAGCAUUCCUAUUCGUCAUAGGGAAGAUGCCAUAUUGAAGCAACUUUUGUCUAAAGUUCCAAACAAAAUCCAAAAUCCAAAGUAUACCGAUCCUCAUUUAAAGACAAAUCUUCUAUUUCAAGCUCACCUUUCCAGGAUGACAUUGCCAGCUGAAUUACAAUCAGAUACUGAAGCAAUUUUAACAAGGUCUAUUCGACUUAUUCAAGCCUGUGUUGAUGUUUUAUCAUCCAAUGGAUGGCUCAGUCCUGCCUUAGUUGCCAUGGAACUUGCUCAAAUGGUAACACAAGCCGUUUGGAAUAAGGAUUCUUACUUGAAACAAUUGCCUCAUUUUACCUCUGAAAUGAUUAAGAGGUGUACUGAAAAAGGAGUUGAAUCAAUAUUUGAUAUAAUGACAUUAGAUGAAGAUGAAAGAAAUGCAUUGUUGCAGCUUGAUAAUGCAAAAAUGGCUGAUUUAGCCCGUUUUUGUAACCGUUACCCUAGCAUUGAACUGAAUUAUGAAGUAGUAGACCAGAAAUCGAUAACAAGCGGAGAGUCUGUAAAUGUGGUAAUACAAUUAGAAAGAGAAGAUGAAGUGACUGGUCCAAUAAUUGCACCUUUCUUCCCUCAGAAACGUGAAGAAGGCUGGUGGCUCGUAAUUGGCGAUCCAAAGACAAAUUCUCUCAUCUCCAUUAAAAGGAUAACCUUAGCUCAAAAGCAAACAGUCAAACUCGAUUUUAUAGCCCCAUCAUCUGGUGAUCAUUCCUACACACUUUAUUUCAUAUCUGACGGCUAUUUGGGAUGUGAUCAAGAAGAAAAAUUCACCAUUCAUGUUGGUCAAAGCCGUGGAACCAAGCGUAGAGCCAGUGACAGUGAAUAAACGGUAAAUUCCAUCUGACUAUUGACUGAUUCUCCAUCAAAUAUCAUGUGAUAUUCAUCACAUUGUGUCAUGUGUGUUUCUAAUUAACUUACAAGUUUUACCAUAAAAUUAUUCAUAAAUAGAAAUUCAUAAAAUUA